CUGACAGCAGGGAUAUGAAUGCUGUUUGUCAAGAACAAGACCAAUUUGCACUGACUGGUCUGGCUGGAGGGGACCUGGUGUUUUCCAAGACCAUCUGUAAAGAAUGUCAGAGAGCAUGGCAGAGGUGGUGUGUUUGUGGUGGAAAAACAGAUGAUAUUCUGAAUGGAGAACAAGACAGGGAACAAAAAGAUCCUUAUUUUGUGGAGACCCCCUAUGGUUAUCAGCUAGACUUAGAUUUCCUCAAAUAUGUGGAUGACAUACAGAAAGGAAACACCAUCAAGAAAGUGAACAUCCAGAAGAGGCGGAAGCCAUCUGGGCCAUGCCCAGACUCCAGGGCUGCACCUGGCCAGCACAGCGUGUGGACUUCCACUGAAUCCCUCUCAUCCUCCAACAGUGAUGACAACAGGCAGUGCCCCAAAUUCCUCCUAGCCCGAAGCCAAGUUACGUCAACCCCAAUCCCAAAGCCACCUGCCCCUCUGGAGACCUCUCCCACUUUUCUUACCAUCCCCGAAAGCCGACAGCUGCCACCACCUUCACCACAACUCCCAAAGCACAACCUUCAUGUCACCAAGACACUGAUGGAGACCCGGAGAAGACUUGAGCAGGAGAGAGUCACCAUGCAGAUGGCACCUGGUGAGUUCCGAAGGCCCAGGCUGGCCAGUUUUGGAGGCAUGGGCUCUACCAGCUCCCUCUCCUCCUUUCUGGGUUCUGGAAACCACAAUCCCACCGUGCCCCAGCUUCAGAAUGGAUACCAAGGCAAUGGGGAUUAUGGUGGCUAUGCCCCAGCUGCUGCCACCACCUCCUCCAUGGGGAGCUCCAUCCGUCACAGCCCCCUGAGCUCAGGGAUCUCCACUCCAGUGACCAACGUGAGCCCCAUGCACUUGCAGCACAUCCGUGAGCAGAUGGCCAUUGCCCUGAAGCGCCUGAAGGAGCUAGAAGAGCAGGUGCGAACCAUCCCUGUGCUCCAGGUGAAGAUCUCUGUCCUGCAAGAGGAGAAAAGACAGUUGGCAUCACAGCUGAAAAACCAAAGAGCGGCAUCCCAGAAUGAUGUCUGUGGUGUGAGAAAGCGGUCCUACAGUGCUGGGAAUGCAUCCCAGCUGGAACAGCUGUCCAGGACCCGGAGGAGUGGUGGGGAAUUAUACAUUGAUUACGAGGAGGAAGAAAUGGAGAGCGUGGAGCAGAGCACCCAGAGGAUAAAAGAAUUCCGGCAGCUCACAGCAGACAUGCAGGCCCUGGAGCAGAAGAUCCAGAACAGCAGCUAUGAGGCCUCCUCAGAGCUCAGGGAGAAUGGGGAGUGUCGGCCUCGAGAGUUCCGGUCUGUGGCUGUGGGCGCCGAUGAGGACAUGAACGACAUUGUCGUGUACCGCAGGGGUGCCAGGUCCUGUAAGGAUGCCGCUGUAGGCAUGGUCACUGAGACGAGGAAUUCUGGGGUCAGUGUGACAGAAGCCAUGCUUGGAGUGACUACUGAAGCUGACAAAGAAAUUGAGCUGCAACAACAGACUAUAGAAGCCUUAAAGGAUAAGAUCUAUCGCCUGGAAGUACAGCUUAAAGAAACCACUCAUGACCGGGAGAUGACUAAACUCAAGCAAGAGCUGCAAGCUGCUGGCUCAAGGAAAAAAGUUGAUAAAGCUGUGAUGGCCCAGCCGCUUGUUUUCAGCAAGAUGGUGGAGGCAGUGGUACCCACCAGAGACCAAAUGGCUGGCAGUCACGUGGAUGUGGUUGACACAUGUGUGGGAACAUGUGUGCAGACAAGUAAUGUAGGCAUCUCCUGCCAGCCCGAUCAUGAGAAUAAAGAGGUGGGGCCUGAGCUGCCCAUGAAUUGGUGGAUUGUUAAGGAAAGGGUGGAAAUGCAUGACAGAUGUAUUGGGCUGUCGGUGGAAAUGUGUGACAAGAGCGUAGGUAUGGACAUCAGUGUCUGUGAAACGGGCAGCAACACGGAGGAGUCCGUGAAUGACCUGGCACUCCUCAGGACCAACCUGAAUCUCAAAGAAGUGCGCUCCAUCGGCUGCGGAGAUUGUUCUGUUGAUGUGACCAUCUGCUCUCCAAAGGAGUGCACCUCCCGAAGCGUGAACACAGAGGCUGUCAGCCAGGUGGAAGCUGCCAUCAUGGCAGUGCCUCGAACUGCGAGCCGGCACACCAGCACAGUUCUCGAACAGGUGAGCCAGUUCACCAACACUGAGAUGGCCACGCUCACAGAAUCCUGUACCAACACUUCCCUAAGCACCGUGGACAAGCAGACCAGCACCCGCACUGUGGAGAUGCGGACAGUAGCCGUGGGCGAAGGCCGGGUCAAGGACGUCAGCUCCACCAAGAUGCGGUCCAUCGGAGUGGGGACGGUGCUCUCUGGCAAUGCUGGGUUUGACAGACCAUCAGCUGUGAAGACCAAAGAGUCAGGCGUGGGGCAGAUCAGUAUUAACGACAACUAUCUGGUUGGCCUCAAAAUGAGGACCAUAGCAUGUGGUCCUCCCCAGUUGACAGUGGGGCCGACAGGCAGCCGGAGGAGUGUAGGUGUUGGGGACGAGCCUGUAGGAGAGUUCGUGGAGAGCCCCCAGCCUCAGGCACCGUCCGGAAUGGAGACAGGCUUGGAUCACUACAUCGAGCGUGUCCAGAAGCUGCUUGCGGAACAGCAGGCGCUGCUGGCUGAGAACUACAGUGAACUGGCAGAAGCUUUCGGGGAACCUCACUCACAGAUUGGCUCCCUCAACUCCCAGCUCAUCAGCACUUUAUCAUCAAUCAACUCUGUCAUGAAGUCUGCAAGCCUUGAAGAGCUCAGGCACCCUGACUUCCUGAAAACCAGCUUGGGUAAGGUCACAGGCAGUAAUUUGGAAUACACCUGUAAGUGUGGAGGCCUUCAGUCAGGAGGGCCAUUAAACUCACAGACAUCCCUUCAGGAGGUGGGGACCAUGGAAGGGAAGCCCAUCGGCAGCCAGGAUACCUUCCCCACUCAGGAAAGCACGCUGUCUCCAGUGAACCUGACAGACGACCAGAUAGCCGCUGGCCUCUAUGUAUGUACAAAUAAUGAAGGUACACUGAAGUCCAUCAUGAAGAAGAAAGAUGCCAACAAAGAUUCAAAUGGAGCAAAAAAGAAUCUUCAGUUUGUUGGCAUUAAUGGAGGGUAUGAAACCACUUCCAGUGAUGAUUCCAGCUCAGAUGAAAGCUCUUCUUCCGAGUCAGAUGACGAGUGUGAUGUCCCUGAGUAUCCUCCCGAGGAAGAGGAGGAGGAAGAGGAGGAUGAAGACACUCGGGGAAUGGCGGAAGGCCACCACGCAGUUAAUGUGGAAGGUUUCACGUCCACCAGGGUGGAAGAUGAAAUGCAGGUUCCAGAAUGUGAACCUGAGAAGGUGGAAAUCAGAGAGAGAUAUGAAUUAAGUGAAAAGAUGUUGUCUGCAUGCAACUUACUGAAAAAUAAUAUAAAUGACCCCAAAGCUUUGACCAGCAAGGAUAUGCGGUUCUGUCUGAACACCCUCCAGCACGAGUGGUUCCGCGUGUCCAGCCAGAAGUCGGCCAUCCCGGCCAUGGUGGGGGACUACAUAGCAGCCUUUGAGGCCAUCUCCCCGGAAGUCCUGCGUCAUGUCAUCAACAUGGCGGACGGCAACGGCAAUACCGCCCUGCAUUACAGCGUGUCCCACUCCAACUUCGAGAUUGUGAAGAUGCUUUUGGACGCGGACGUGUGUAAUGUGGAUCACCAGAAUAAGGCAGGGUACACCCCCAUCAUGCUGGCAGCCCUUGCUGCCGUGGAAGCAGAGAAAGACAUGCAAGUUGUGGAAGAGCUCUUCGCCUGUGGGGAUGUGAACGCCAAAGCCAGCCAGGCAGGACAGACAGCCCUCAUGCUGGCGGUCAGUCAUGGGCGGAUUGACAUGGUGAAGGGCCUGCUGGCCUGCGGGGCUGAUGUCAACAUUCAGGACGAUGAGGGCUCCACCGCCCUGAUGUGUGCCAGUGAGCAUGGGCAUGUGGAGAUCGUCAAGCUGCUGCUGGCCCAGCCAGGCUGCAACGGCCACCUGGAGGACAAUGAUGGCAGCACUGCGCUCUCGAUCGCCCUGGAAGCCGGACACAAGGACAUUGCCGUCCUGCUGUACGCCCACGUCAACUUCGCCAAAGCCCAGUCUCCGCAGUGGCAGUGAAAGCUGAUGGGCGGAGGGUGAGUGCCCUGUCCACUCGUCUUAGGCUCCAGCAAAAGGAGACGCCUCCAAGCGCCUGACUCCAUCUCCAGCUCUGCUCAUUACUCAGGUUGCCCAGCAGGAGUCUCAGACUUAAGGCCUAAUUAGGCAGACAAUUCAUCAGACAGGUAACCUCACAGUUAACUCCUAAGCUAACUCUUCUCUGGUGCAGAAGCACUGGUCCUUGACUCUAGUUUGGGGGGCAGCUGCUGGGUGACUGGUUGAAACCUGCAGGGAUGAGAAAGGAAAGAUGAAACUAUACACACAUUUUUCCAGCUGUGCUGUUGGCUCAGCAGCACCUGUUUUCAGAUACUUUGUAAAAGGUGAAGGGAAUGAUUCUCAUAUGAAAUGAAGAAGCAUGGUAGCCAAAAUGCAACUGUGUUUUGGCACAAUUGCUGGUGGUGAACUUUAACCGGUGCCAUUUAUGAGAGCCCAAGUGUAUUGGAGACGCAUCACUGAACCAGAAAAGUGAGAGCUCAGGUACUUGGAGUCGCGAGCACCCCUUUCCCUCCCAUGAUGGAUCUGCUUGCUCUGGGAUCUGUGCUAAAUUUCAUUUCAGAUAGUUAUUCAAACCCAGGUUCCUUCAGACCUGAAAUAGGACAAUAAAUUAAAGUGGAAGAGUUGGUGUUUGAGGAGAAGUGGGGCUGUGAGUUUUCUGCCACUUAACAGCAUGACACGCCUUUUGAGCAAGGAAGUAUCUCAGGUGGUUUGCAGUCCUCAGAAUUUUCUUUGUUUCAUUUGAGAAUGGAAGGCACUCAUACCUUCCACGCAUUAGAAAAUGAAUUCCUACAUCUGCGUGCUGCAUUUCAGGUUUCUUAUGCUGAGUUCUGCAGAAGCAAAUGAGUGCUUGUUGUAUCUCGAAGAAGGUAUUUACGGAGCUAACUUCUGGGUAACACAUGCUGGCUUGUUUGCUCUGCUAGCUCUGGGCACUUAGAAUGCUUUUUAUCUUGGGAUCUUGGCACACUAUAAAACCAGCCUGACUUCUCCCAUUGGGACAGCUGCGAUUUAUGGAGGCACCAUUCCAUAAAGGGAUUUGUGGCAGGAGACUUGGGCACAGUCCCCAAGUGAGGGCAACAGAGGGCUGGAGACUCCUCAGUGUAUUGUCCAGCUUUAGUGAAGAGAAGGCUUAACCUUUAAGUGACAAGAGAGCCAAUUUCCCGGACAUCCUUGUCCUAGAAAUGUGGAGGCUAACCUAGAAUCCUCCCCAAGACAAAAGGUAUAAAGCAGCAGGAAACUGGAGACUGUAGUGUUGAAAAAAAAAAAAGCAAAACUGACCCCUUGUCCUCCACCAUCAUGAUUAAAUGGACUAAAUCCUGUGCUUACUAUGGGGGAGGAGGCCUUGCUCUUGGCAGUAGUCCCCAAAAUACAUGCAGUACUGGACCCUUCUUAUAAGUUACCAGUACACUAAUAAGAAGAAUUUUAUCCCAGACUUUUGUAUUAAUAAUAAUGAAAUACUGCAGAUAUAUAACAGCUCUUGCAGAUAGAAUCAGGUAAGAAAACUGCUAUUUUUUUUUCCCUCAAAGGAAAUAACAUUUCUUUAAAUCCUAAUGAUUUAAAACCUUUUGGGGUCCAGGGAGCCUGUUGCAAGUAGAGACAGUUUUAUUUUUGUUGAGGCUUUUGUGUAAUUGGUUCACAGCAUGCAUAAGAAUUUCCUGAAGGAGCUGAUGAAAAUGCAAAUUCUGGGCCCCACCCUGAGGAUUCCAAUUCUUAAGGUCUGAGAAUCUGCUCUGUUAUCAAAGCAUCCCAAGUGUUUCCCAGUGUGGCCAUUGGUCCACACCGAGAAUGUUAUCAUUCCUGAAUUAUAAGAUGCUAUUCAUAUGUUCUUUUCCAAACAAGUUAGGUGGGGUGGGGAGACCUAUAGCCAAACAAGAAACCUGACAUUGAAUCAUUUAUUUUUGGUGAGUAGUCUUCGUGUGGCAUUUUUCCACGUUCAGUGACGUUUCUGCAUCUCCUGGAAUAGUCAUUACCAGACGGCCAGGGAUCAGGGCUGCCCAGGAUCUGUUUUCUGUGUUUAUGGUAUAGGAGGAGGAGGUGGCUCUGUACAUGAAUGAGUGAUGGAAGUUAAGCAGGCAGACAGCUCUUGGAGCAUUUUCCUAAGUUCAUCUUUUCUUUCCUUCACCACUUCCUCAUGAGGCAAGACUUAUUACUGUGCAGGAAAGAGAAGGUCAUGGCCUGUGGCUUUGACUUUGGAAUAAAGGCCAUUUUCUGUAUUCCUUUUUACUGAAAGAACAGUCCUUGUUGAGCCCUGGGCCUUAGCCAGAGACUAUUUGGUGCUUUCUGCCAUACGGAAAUUACUAAUCAUACGUUCACUUUCUUCUUAUUCAGCAUGGCUGUAAUUUAGAACUCAGCUGAUCAUAAAAAUAUAUUUAAAGUACAUUUUGUUGAAGGGAUGUGGCUGAACCACUGGUCACAGUGUUCCAGGGCUGCCCAGGCUUGCCCUCCUUCCCCGCCAAAGGCCUGGCUACUUCCUAUGGGGAGGAGUUGGGAAGUCACAUCAGCUCUUUAAGGGUGAAAGAUGGAGCGAGUCAGCACUCGUCAUGGUGUCCCUGAGAUACCUGGCCUGAAUUCUGGCAAGGAUUUUGUAGAGAAGCUGGAAGGCAAAGUACCGGUGUAGCCUGAUUUUGAGGACAUUUGGCGAAGGGCUGGCAUUUUAGGAAACCAGCUGCCCUCUGCCUCUCCAUUAAGACUAUUGAUUUCAUAGGCAAGGGAAUGGGCACCAUAUCCCUAACUUUCAGAUAAUAGAAGCUGCAUAAAAAAUAUUCCUAAGACCAAAUGGCAUUCUUAUAUCUGGGGGAAAACAUAUGUUUUACAUUUGUUCCCCAUUCCCCAACUCAGAAAGGUCCAGUUAACUCAGCCCUAGAACCCCUAUGAAGGGGAGGAAGAGAAAACCCCUGCCCUGUAGGUGGGCAGGAGCUGCUCUGCCCAGGGAUGUCAGGGACAGCUCAGCACUGGAGAGGCUGGCUGUCGGGGACCUCGUGCCAGCAGGACGGGCCUCUUACUUCUCAUGUGUCAGGCAGCAAAGAGAUUCUGGCUGUGACUCCAUCUGCUCUGUUAUGAAAUGCUGAAUGUGCUUAAACAAACAAGGUAAUAAAGGCAACACUCAUCAAUAAGGGUCUCAGAAAGUUCAGAGAGUUCUCCCUGCAACACACGCCCCCAAACUCUGUCUGAAAUAUGUCCCUCCCCAGAAAAGCCAGCCCUCUGACAGGAAGCUUCCUAAGAUCAGCCUUCCUGCUUGGGUUUGUAACACCUGCCAGGACUGAAGAGUUCCGGUCCCUGGCUGAUAAAUCCGAAUUGAAUGAAUGAGUGUUGGAAGUCUGAAGGGUGUUCUCAUUAGGAAGGGGAGGGAGAGGCCUGAGAGGGGCCGGGCACCCCCGACAGCAAUCUUGCCCCAGCCUUAGGUAGCUGACCUGUUAGGUUUCUUUGUGAUCAUUCGUCAGGCUGUAUACUCAUAAUUUAUGUACUUUUCCUGUGGGUGUAUUAACUUUAAUAUUUUUUAUUAAAAAAAACAUUUUAUGAAUUAAGAUAUUCUUGGGGAAAAAAAGAUAUUGAUUUUGUUUGAAGGUUAGUAGGAACAAGGAGAUAGUGAAUGUAAGACUUAAGAACUCCGCCCUGCCAGUUCCUGCCAGUUUUUGGGUUUUUUUUUUUUUUUUGUAAACAAGUUUAUUUAAACAACAAGACGCUUGACUUGAAGGAAAAACUGUCUAGGAUUUGUUGUACCCGGAUCACGGAAUCCCACGAAACACGACAGGAGCCGCGGAUCGAUGCAAAUGCAGUGAGGAACUUCAUUACAAGCUGGAGCAGGGACUCUCUUCACACAAUGGCGAAGGAGCCCCGAGUGAAAGCGGCGAAUCUUUUUUAUACUGUAUAGCA